AUGGCAAUACCGCCCACUGUGGUUAUAUGGGCCGUCAGGGUUUUCUACCUCUUCAGCUCUGUUGCCAUCAUCACCGUCCGCCUGAUACCGGUCUUCGCUGACAGGUUUCUGGCAUACGGCGCAAGGGCGCGGCGUCAAACAAUUCACAGGCGUGGCAAGCGAGGAACUGCAGGCAAAAGUCAACAGUCGGUAGGCACCCAGCUCCUCGACCACCUUGCUACAUGUACUGUGCCUCAUUCGUGGUUCACACACUUCUACGUCCUCUCUCUUGUGUGCUCGCUUACCACCUUGUCAACCUUCUGCUACUAUGAGUAUUAUCAUCAAGCAACGAUCAAGCAGAACCCGGACCUUGUUACCGCGGCCUUCUGUGCCCAUCUGAUGCUGUUGCAAGGCCUGCGGAGACUGCUCGAAUGUGUCUACGUUACUCAAAAUGGCACGUCACGGAUGUGGGUUGGUCACUAUACAAUUGGCAUGGCGUUCUACAUAGUCACCAAUGUGGCAAUCUGGAUUGAGCAAUUAUGGCGACCGCCUUCAAGUCCAGCCACAGCAGAACCAAGCAUUCUCUGGACAUGGAAGACGAUCCUCUGCACCGUCGUUUUCUUCGGCGCCUCAGAACGACAGAGCCGCUAUCACCAGUAUCUAUCCAGCCUGAAAAAAUAUUCGUUACCGGAGAAAUACGCGUUCCAAUACUUGAUAGCGCCGCACUACACCAUGGAGUGUGUGAUCUACCUGAGCAUGGCCCUCCUGGACGCGCCCUUCAUAUUCAACCAGGGGAGCCAGCUCCCGACACCCACGACGAUCAACUGGACGCUCGCCUGUGCCCUGAUGUUUGUGGUGGUGAACCUUGGUGUCACAGCGGACGGGACCAAGGAGUGGCAGCGCAAAAAGUUCCACGACCAGAGGUUCGAGAUUGCGAAGAGGUGGAGGAUCAUUCCAUGGUUGUUCUAA